GAAAAAACAACACUUGUUUCUUACUAAAACAACACACACACCAAACCGAUUUGGAUUUUUAAAGGACGCGUUUUAAUGUAGUGGUUACUUUUUCUAUAGAAUUACUGGAUAUCUGCUGAAGAGUGAAUUUACCAGCUCUCCGAUGGCUCCUUUAGCCGAAGUAGGGAGCUUCUUUAGCGGUCUGGAUGGUUUUGGACAUGUCGGUUCACAUUUCUUUCUGCCUCCUGCUGGGGAUAACCCUAUUCUUGUGAGUGAUCACCUGGCUCAGAACGAAAGACUGUCCCGCAGCACAUCUACUGAUUUAGCCCACUUACAGGGCAUCCUUCGAAGGAGGCAGCUGUAUUGCAGGACUGGUUUUCACUUAGAAAUACACCCUGAUGGAACUGUGCAAGGGACAAGGAAAGAUCAUAGUCGGUUAGGUAUUUUGGAGUUUAUAAGUGUUGCUGUUGGACUGGUCAGCAUACGAGGAGUGGACAGUGGUCUUUACUUAGGAAUGAACGACAAGGGAGAACUUUAUGGCUCUGAAAAGUUGUCAGCAGAAUGCAUCUUCAGGGAGCAAUUUGAAGAAAACUGGUACAACACUUAUUCUUCCAAUCUUUACAAACAUAGUGACAAGGGAGGCCGAUAUUUUGUAGCACUAAACAAAGAUGGCACUCCAAGAGAUGGGACUAGAUCCAGACGGCAUCAAAAGUUCACACACUUCUUGCCAAGACCAGUAGACCCCGAAAGAGUGCCAGAGUUGUACAGAGAUGUAUUGGGAUACAGCUGAAACGCAGCAGCUUUUUUUAAUGAAGAAAAUGUCCUCAACCCAGGUUUCCAUGGAAACAAGGAUGUAAACGUUUCAGCUUCUUAAUGCAGCAAGGUUAUUGGAAGGCUGGUUUUGAGACCUGUAGUCAAAGAGAACAAUCACGUUUCUGUGUCAGGAAGAUAGUUCAGCAUGUCUGAGAAGAACGAGUGAAAGCAAGAGUUGCUUGUGCCUUGUAGGCUCCAUUGAUACUAAACCAAGUAGAAGACAAAAGGAAAUUGGUAAUGAAACUAUGAUGCUGCUGGUACCUCCUAUUUGGAGUAUGUAGUAAACCGAAGUAGUAUCAAAACAUCUACCUGUGGGAGAACACUCCUUUCAUGAAAUGGAGUAUUUGCAGAAAGAAUUUCUUGCAUUGUUGGACAAACCAUUUCUCAAUUUAAGCUCUGAACUGUGAAACAAGUUAUGGUGACUGUAAAAUCAAUCAAACAUUGCAAGAAACGAAAGUUAAAACUGGAUUGAUCACUUACCAAAGUUAUUCCUUUCCAGGAU